ACCAAUUUCGUCAACACAAUCCGGAAUAGUCAACAUGGCGGCCGCCAUAUGUUGCCUCAGUAGAGCCUUGAUACGACAUCAAAGGCAUUGUCUUUCCAAGACAGCUUACCAGGCCCCUCCUUCCCUUUGCUCUGUGAAUAUUCUCUGGACCCACAGACAUUUUGCUGCUGCUGCUACAAAGCCGGCAAGGAAAAUUAAGAAAGAAGGAAAAGACAAGGAAAAGGUGUCAGAUGAAAAUCCAGAUGAUAUAGAAAAAAUAAAGUCAUAUACGUAUAUGGAAAGUGAACCUGAAGAUGAUGUCUAUUUAAAACGCUUGUACCCAAGGCGGAUCUAUGAGGUGGAGAAAGCUAUUCACUUACUUAAGAAGUUUCAGGUUCUGGACUUCACAAAUCCAAAGCAAGGCGUCUACCUUGAUUUAACAUUAGAUAUGACAUUGGGGAAAAAGAAAAAAGUGGAGCCAUUUGCCAGUGUUAUUAGUUUACCGUACCCUUUUGCUUCAGAAGUCAACAAAGUUGCUGUGUUUACAGGGAAUGCAUCAGAGAUUAAAAUAGCAGAAGAGAAUGGAGCUGUGUUUGCAGGAGGAGCAGAUCUGGUUAAGAAGAUCUUGGAUGAUGAGGUUGUUGUGGACUUUUAUGUAGCUGUUCCAGAAAUAAUGACUGAGCUUAACCCAUUAAGGAAGAAACUGAAGAAAAGAUUUCCAAAGGCUACCAGAAAUUCCAUUGGUCGUGACAUCCCAAAAAUGCUUGAAUUAUUUAAAACUGGACAUGAAAUUAUGGUAGAUGAAGAAAGGCAGAACUUUCUCAGCACCAAAAUAGCAAUAUUGGAUAUGCCAAGUGAUCAGUUAACUGCCAAUCUUCAAGCAGUUAUAAAUGAAGUCUGUAGGCACAGACCAUUAAAUCUGGGUCCCUUUGUGGUGCGUGCCUUCCUUCGUAGUUCAACCAGUGAAGGUUUGCUGCUGAAGACUGAUUCACUGUUGCCCAAAGAAGUUGAAACCAAAGAAGCUACCUAAAAGUGUUGUAUUGGGAAAUUAUUGUUGGGAUGGGGUGGGGGGGACAACAGAGAAAUCUGUAAAACUAUAAUUUCUAGUUUGGCUCCUCGUGGUUUCUUGAUCAGUACAUUUAGAAGUAAAUUUUAACACUCAUGUAUUUUUUUGUUUUUUUUUUUUACAGUUUCAAUAUAAAGAAAUGUCAGUUUAAAAAUUAUUUCACAGGGUAUUUAAAUUGCCCCCGAGAGAACAAACACAUGGUUUUCCGAUCUUCCUUCCCUGGCUCCUCUCUGGGGUGCUUUGUAUCCAUUAAACCUGGGAUUUUUCUAAUUUGGUUUGAUUUGGUCUGAUUUGGAUUAUUGUGUCAGCAGCGAGGCUUGUUGGGAUGUAGAAGCUUUUCAACGACCUUUUUGUGUGUUCUAAGAUAGACUGAACUUACCACUACAGUUUCAAAUGUUUAAAGUAGUGCAUUAAAGUUUCUUGUUCCCCAGCACUUGUGAUGCGAAAGCUGAAGGGAAGAUGAGGAAUGGGCUGUGUACAGGGAAGUCAUUUCCCAGUUGUCAGGUUCUGAAAUCGACAGUUGAUUAUUUGAAAUCCCCAUUUACAAAGAAGACACGUUUUUUGUUUUGUUGGGAUUUGAUUUUUUAAUAAUGUGUCUGUGAUGUGUGGGUGGAGGCAGAGGUCAAUAGCGGCUUCUUUCUCAGCAGCUCUCUAUCUUAUGUGUUGAGGCAGAGUCUCAGCCUGGAGUUCACAGAUUCAUCAGGCUGGCUGGCCAGCCAGCUCAGGGACCCUCUUGUCUCCUCCUUCCCUGGGGAUUGAACCUACAUCCUCAUGCUUGUACGGUGGGCGCUUUUCCAGCUGAGCCAUCUCCCAAGCCACUUUGCAAUUUUUCAUCAUGUUUGGGAUUGGAUGCAAGACCUGUCUGUGUGCAUGUGGGGCCAACGUUCUACUACUCAGUUCAGAGCUGUUGUUGUUUUGCCAAUUUUCUGCUGGUUAAUCUUAGUGUGGAAAUAUUUAGAGCACUGAUAAACAUGAAAUCACUCAAUCCUGCUACUCAGAGAUAACCAGAAUUAAUUUUUGAGUGGACAUUCCUUUGACAUCUUCAGUUGAAACAGAGAGGAAAAGAACACACAUAUACACACAGGCAUACACACACAUGUAUACAUGCUAGUGUGGUUUUUAAAGGUAUUUACCCUACGUAUGAGUAUUUUGCUUACAUACGUAUAUGUACACCAUGUACCCGUGGUGCUCAGAGGUGGGCAUCCGAUUUCCUGGAACUGGAGUUACAAAUGGU